AUGAAGGUCGACGAGUUGAUCAUCGACGGGUUCAAGUCGUAUGCAACGCGUACGGUGAUUUCCGGCUGGGAUGGCCAGUUCAAUGCCAUAACAGGACUUAACGGUUCUGGAAAGUCCAACAUCUUGGAUGCCAUCUGUUUCGUAUUGGGUAUUGCUUCCAUGGCAACAGUGAGAGCGUCAAACUUGCAAGAUUUGAUCUAUAAAAGAGGCCAGGCUGGUGUGACAAAAGCCAGUGUCACUAUAGUAUUUGACAAUUCUGAAGUCCUGAAAUCACCCAUAGGCUUUGAAAAUUGUUCUACUAUUUCAGUUACAAGACAAAUCAUAUUAGGUGGAAGUUCCAAGUAUUUGAUCAAUGGUCACAAAGCGCAGCAGCAGACAGUGCUCAACUUGUUUCAAUCUGUUCAAUUGAACAUCAACAACCCCAACUUCUUGAUUAUGCAAGGUAAGAUUACCAAAGUGUUGAACAUGAAACCCACUGAGAUCUUGUCGUUGAUUGAAGAAGCCUCAGGAACACGAACUUUUGAAGAGAGAAAAGACAAGGCACAAAAGACAAUGGCGAAGAAGGAGGCUAAACUCACAGAGAUUCGUAGUUUGCUCAAGGAAGAAAUCGAUCCCAAGCUCGAAAAGUUGCGGAAUGAGAAAAGAUCUUUUUUGGAGUACCAACAGACACAAACAGACCUCGAGAAGUUGUCAAGGAUCAUUGCUGCACAUGACUACACCAAAUUAUCACAUUCUUUCACCAACUACUCGAAUUCUUUGAGCGAGCAUGAGUCCCGUAUGGCAGCUCUUACUAGUGAAAUUGACAAGUUAGGCAACGAAAUAAAGAAUUUGAACGACGAUUUGACACAUGUGCGAAAGCAGCGUGAAGCAGAGUUGAAUAAUGAAGGAAAGCUCAAAGAAUUGGAGCUGCAAGAAGCUCGUCUAUCCACAGAGAUUACCCGUCUCAACACUUCCAAAGAAAUUGCCCACGAUAACUUGAAAGACGAACAAAAUAAGAAGCAGAAACUUGAAAAUCAAAUCGCAGAGAUACAAUCAAACUUGGAAAACAACUCUGAUACGUACAAUAGUGUUAAAAAUGAUUUUGAUAAUGCAACUGAACAGCUCCAGAAGUUGAAAGAAGAAUACACCAAGAAGGAUGAGUUGUUAUCGACAUUGUCUACUGGUGUUUCAGCAACUGGUGAUAUGAGCACAGGCUAUUCGGCUCAACUCAAAGAGUUCAAGACCAAACUAAAUACAUCUCAGAACUUCAUCAAGACGUCCAAGUUGAAGAUAGCACACCUUGAGAGUCAAAUAUCAAACGACAAGAAAAAACUUGUUCAGGCCAAGGCCGAAAACCAGAACAUUUUAUCCGACAUGGAAGCAUACAGAUCUGACAUCGCAGCGAUGGAGCAAGAGGUAAGCAGUAAAUUAGGAUUCGACCCAAGCGUCAUAGCCGAACUUAAACUGCAAGAAAAGCAAUUUCACAACGAUGCGUACAAGCUUAACGGUGAAUUAAACCACAUGAAGAGAGAAAUAGGAAACAUCGAUUUCCAAUAUUCCAGACCUUCAGCAAACUUCAAUGACAGUUUGGUACGAGGCAUAGUCGCUCAGCUUUUUGAGUUGCCUGAAACUUCUAAUGAUAAGGCUUUGGCUUUGCAGGUUUGCGCUGGUGGGAGACUUUAUAAUGUCGUCGUAGAAAACUCCGAAGUUGCUACUCAGCUUUUGGAAAGAGGUCAAUUAAAGAGAAGAGUAACCAUUAUACCUCUUGAUAAGAUCCACGCUAGUUCAAUUGAUCCACGCACUGUUGAUUACGCCAAGAAACUCGCUCCAAACAAAGUGGAGUUGGCCAUUAACCUUAUAGAGUUCCAGGACGAGUUGGUCAAGGCAAUGGAAUAUAUUUUUGGAACGACAUUUGUGUGUAACGAUCCCAAUACAGCUAAGACUAUCACUUUUGAUCCCAAGAUUAGAUCUAGAUCAAUUACAUUGGAAGGUGACGUAUACGACCCCGAGGGAAAUCUUUCAGGUGGUUCGCGUAAGAACGAUUCCUCUAUUAUAAUCAAGGUACAGAGAUACAAUAAGGUAUCAAAGAGGUUAUCCGAAGUGAACUAUAAAUUAAACGAAAUCAGACAAGAAAUACAAAGAAUGGAAUCGUUGAUAGAAAACACGAAGGGCCUUCAAAAUGAAUUACUUUUGAAAAAGCACGAGUUAUCCUUAUUAGAAAGAAAAUUGGAAAACAACCCUUCUUCUGUGAUUCUAAAGCAGAACCAGGCCAACGAGGCUGAAAUAAGUGGAUUGCAAGAGCAAAUUCGACAGGAAGAAAGUAACUGUCAAAAUUUCGAAAAGGAAAUUAAUGUCAUUGAAAAAGACAUACGUGAAUUCAACAGUGACAAGGGCUCUAAAUUGAAGGAUCUUAAGAAAGAUGUUGUCGCAUUGAAGAAAGAGGUAGAAAAGAAGCAAGUUGUGUUGGAUAAAUUGACAGAUAAAUAUCAGGCUAUCGAAGUUGAAGGAGAACAACAAAAGUCAGACUUGAUUCAAGCUAGGGCUUCUCUACAAACCACGAUUGAUACUAUCCAAGAAUUAACUGCUAAAAUAAGCUCCAUGGAACAAAAGGGAGCAGAGUUGAACGAUACAUUAGUCAUUGUCAGGGUUCAAUUAGAAGAAGAGAAAGCAAAUUUGCUUGGUUUGGAUGAAGAAAUUAAUGAAUUGAUGAAGAUUAUCAAAGACAAGAAUGAAAGUUUGAGCAAUUCUAAAUUAGAAAUGCAGAAGUUGAACCAUGAAUUGGAGAAGUCGAGUACUAUCACGAAGAAUUUGAAGAAUAGACUUGACGCAAUUAUCAGUGAAAAUGACUGGGUUACUGAUGCUAAUGUUGUAGAGAACUUGGUACAACAACAUCCAAAUAUCAAUUUGGACGAGGGCCGUGACCAACUAGAGGUGCUCCAAGAAAAGUUCCAGAGCAUGAAGAGAAAGGUGAAUGUCAACAUCAUGAGUAUGAUUGACAAUGUAGAAAAGAAGGAAGCUUCUUUGAAACAGAUGGUCAAGACUAUUGAAAAGGAUAAGAGCAAGAUCGUAAACACUAUCGAGAAAUUGAAUGGCUACAAGAGAGAAACUUUGAAUUCGACUUACCAGAAAGUGUCUACUGACUUUGGCCAGAUCUUUGCCGAUUUGUUGCCAGGAUCAUUUGCUAAGUUGGUACCUAGUAAUAUGAUGGACGUUACAAAAGGUCUAGAAGUUAAAGUCAAGCUAGGAGAAGUAUGGAAAGAGAGUUUGGUAGAGCUCUCUGGAGGUCAGAGAUCAUUGAUCGCGCUUUCGUUGAUCAUGGCAUUGCUUCAAUUCAAGCCAGCUCCAAUGUAUAUUUUAGAUGAAGUUGAUGCUGCCUUAGAUUUGUCACAUACACAAAAUAUUGGGCAUCUUAUCAAGACGAGAUUCAAGGGCUCACAGUUUAUUGUUGUUUCCUUAAAAGAGGGGAUGUUCACCAAUGCUAACCGUUUGUUCAGAACCAGAUUCCAGGACGGUACAUCUGUAGUUUCAGCCAUGUGA